CCACAAUCCUCUUAAGAAACAAGUGAACUCAAAACGCAGAAACAAGAGACAGAGAUCUAAGACGUGAAGCUCAAGAAAUGGCGUCGAUGACGAUGACCGCCUCAUGCCUUCCCUCCUCCGCCGUGAGGCCGCCGUCAAACGCCGCCUCCGUUCGCCGAAGCCUCGCGGUGGUGAGGGCCUCCACCGGCGGCGAAAGCUCGACGGCUGGAAUCAGGGCUAAGGAAUCGACGGUGAAGCAAGAACAGACGAGGAGCAUAUCGAUGAGGAGAGACCUCAUGUUCGCGGCGGCUGUCACCGCGGCGGCGACCCUGGCGAAGGCGGCAAUGGCGGAGGAUGAGCCGAAGCGAGGAACAGAAGGAGCCAAGAAGAAGUAUGCACCUAUCUGCGUUACGAUGCCCACUGCAAAAAUCUGCCACAAGUGAGUGGCCGUACAAAAACAUGUCUGGUUUUCUUUAAGGUUUCGGCUCCAUUCUCUUGUCUGGCCUGUCUGUAAUGAUAUCGAUCAAUUUACAGAAACCCUGUUCUCUAUUC